GAAUCAGCAGAUUGUGUCUGUGAGAUUUGUCUUGUUGGGGCUUUGGCAGCAAAAGGUUCAAGGAAUAAUCUUGUGAGUUCCAUGGCCAGUAGUAGAUUGCUGUCAGUUUUACUUGCAAAAUUUCAAAAUAUCGAAUCGAUCAGAUUUCCUUGGCCCCUAUUAUCUCGGGUCAGAGGCUGAAGGUCUACAUCCGGGCAGAUGCUGAGCUGACAGGUCCUAACAGGGCUUAGGCAAGUCUAGCCACGUCAGCUCUCAUUUCUAUCCCUUUCCUUCGGCCCAGCUACAAAGACUAAGCUCGCAGGGCCCCACCCUCUUCUCGCAUAUCCCUGUGACGCUGCAUUCCUGUCACUCUCUGGGCUCGUCUGGGGGACAACUGCUCCCUCUGCGUCCCACAGGUUGGAUGAACUAAGGAGGGCGGAGGAAGGAGGGAUCAGCUUUAGUAGCCAAUCAGGAUGCGGCCCGAGCCCUGCCAAUCGGGUCGGGUCAGUUGGGGCUUAGCCAAUCCGGCUAGAAGAGGAAGCCCGAGUCGGCGCUUGCGCCUCUCGCUUCCAGCUGUGGGUGGCGCUGCGCGGUUCGGCCCGACCUGGUAGAGUCCUCACUUUCUACCUCCGCUGUCAGAGUCGCUCCGGGUCCCCUGCCCGGAGGCCAUGGGGAGGCAGUGGGGGCCUGCCAUGAGGGCAGCCGAGCAGACAGGCUGCGUAGUGAGUGCCUCCCGGGCUGGGCACCCCGAGGCGGGCUCCUGGAGCUGCAGCGGAGUUAUCCUGAGCUGUAACCCUGGCCUGGUGCUGUGCCACGGCGGGAUCUUCACUCCCUUCCUGCGGGCCGGCAGCGAGGCCCUGACCGCGGCAGCCGCCGCCAUCCUGCCUGGCGAUAGUUGCGGCGACGACCUGCGCCUGCACGUGCAGUGGGGCCCAACGGUCGCGAGUCCGGCGGCUUGCGCGGAGCUGGGCCGCCCGGGACUGUGCACCCCGCAGUGCGCCAGCCUUGAGCCGGGCCCGCCGGACCCACCGGUUCGGCCCCUCGGGCGGCCUCUACAACCUCCGCGGCCCGCCGAGCUGCUGCUGUUGCUGAGCUGUCCAGCCUUCCGGGCCCACUUCGCGCGCCUCUUCGGAGGCGAGGCGGCGGAGCAGUGGCGCUUCGCGAGCGCAGCGCUGGACGACGAGGUGUCGGAGGAUGACGAGGAGGAUCAGCUGAGAGCGCUGGGCUGGUUCGCGCUGCUGCGCGUGCAGCCGGAUCAGGAGGCGGCGGAGGAGCGCGGGCCGGCGCUGGCGGGGGCGUCUCUGGGGGCGGUUCCCAAGGGCGCGCCGCUGCUGGCCUGUGGCUCCCCUUUUGGAGCCUUCUGCCCGGACAUCUUUCUCAACACGCUGAGUCGUGGGGUACUCAGCAACGCCGCCGGCCCUCUGCUGCUCACCGACGCGCGCUGCCUGCCGGGCACCGAGGGCGGCGGCGUGUUCGCGGCGCGACCCGCGGGGGCGCUCGUGGCGUUCGUGGCGGCGCCGCUCUGCUGGAAGGCUCGCGAGUGGGUGGGACUGACUCUGCUCUGCGCAGCCGCCCCGGUGCUCCGCGUCGCCCGCGCCGCCCUCGGCAACCUGUACCCCAGCGCCGCUGCGCGUCUGCCGUCUGAGGUGGGCGUCCCGCGAGAUGUGCCUCUCAGGGACCCCGGACCCUUGUGGGCCGCCGCUGCUGUGCUGGUGGAGUGCAGCACCGUAUGGGGCUCCGGAGUGGCCGUGGCGCCCCGCCUCGUUGUGACUUGUCGGCACGUGGCCCCUCGGGAGACGACCAGGGUCGUCGUGCGCUAUUUCACCCCCAAGAGUGUGGCCGUCUGGGGACGUGUAGUGUUUGCCACCCAGGAGACGUCUCCCUAUGACAUAGCGGUGGUGAGCCUGGAGGAGGACCUGGACGGUGUUCCCAUGCCAGUGCCUGCUGAGCGGUUCCAUGAAGGUGAGGCCGUCAGUGUGGUGGGCUUCGGCGUCUUUGGCCAGGCCUGUGGGCCCUCGGUGACUGCGGGCAUCCUGUCGGCUGUGGUGCGGGUGGAUGACACACCAGUGAUGCUGCAGACCACGUGUGCAGUACAUGGCGGCUCCAGUGGAGGACCCCUCUUCUCCACCCGCUCGGGGGACCUCUUAGGCAUCAUCGCCAGCAACACCCGGGACAAUAACACAGGGGCCACCUACCCCCAUCUGAACUUCAGCAUUCCCAUCACAGUGCUCCAACCAGCGCUGCAGCAGUACAGCCGCACUGGCGACCUGGGCAGCCUCCGAGAGCUGGACCGCGCUGCUGAGCCAGUCCGGGUGGUGUGGCGGCUGCAGCGGCCCCUGACGGAGGCCCCACAGAGCAAGCUCUGAGGCUGUGUGGUUGCUCGAGGGAGAAGAGUGACCUUUAUGCCAGAGAAGUGAUGUAGGUGUGAUGGCAGCUUCAGGGUCCAGGGACCAGCUCCUGCCUGGGCAUGCCAAACUGGGUGCCUCAUCACUGCCUGCUGACUAUAAUCUGGGUGCUGGGCCCUGGAACCAACUUCUCAGGCUCAGAGGUCCCUAACCUGGCAGCCCAUUUUAGGGUGUUGAGCCCCCACUUAUCUCUGUCUUCCAGCACUGGACUCAGCUGUGUUUUCCUUCCUGGGAAGCUUAGCCCAGCUGUACAAAAACUCUAGUCCUGAUGGGCAGGUGCUGGCCAAAGGCAGGCCAGCCCUGGCUGUGUCUGAUCCCUUCAGUGGUCCCUGGCCACGUGGAGCCACUUCACUGGGGUCUUGGGUCUGGUCUGCCUCAGUUGGCGUCGGCUGCCAGAGAGCUCACAUUUCAGGAUACCUCAGCAGAGAGGCCCACUCGAAGACCAGAGAAGGCAAGGAGUGAGAAUGGGGGUCUCCCCGCCCUGCCAGGCCUUACAAGUGGAUGGGCCUUGAAAGUCAGGACUCCGGGGUCUUCAUACUCAUGGGGGCAUCUGACACAGUGCCUUCACUUUCCAGCCCACUGCCUGGGCCUCAGGGAUCUUGGACGGUGGACAUUUCUGGAUUGGUUUGGGAAUAAAUGGUCUGCUGGAGAACCCCUAAA